AUGCCGUCUGCUGCCCAGAGGCUGCAUUCGACAUUCCAUCGCGGCUCUGUCGUCGAUCUGGCAGCAUCCACUUUCCAUCCUCCAAAGUCCAGCAACCCAUCACCGGCAACUGCUCGCUCGCCUCUGUUGAUUCUGCACGGCCUCUUUGGCUCCAAGCAAAACUGGAGAUCGAUUGCCAAGGGACUUGCUGGAAGGCUCAGCACCGACGUAAUCGCACUCGACCUUCGCAACCACGGCGAAUCGCCCCAUGCCGAUGCCCACGACUACGAGCUCAUGGCGGCGGAUGUUGCGCAUUUCAUCCAGAGCAAGGGCCUUGGGCAAGUUCAUCUCAUGGGCCACUCCAUGGGAGGAAAAGUCGCCAUGCAUCUCGCCCUCACGGGCGGCACCGACAUCGAGAAGCUCAUUGUCGUUGACAUGUCUCCGGUCGCCAAAAACCUCACCAAGGUCUUUGGCAAUUACGUCGAUGCCAUGCUGAAGAUCGAGGCCGCCAAGGUGCAGACGGCUGCCGAGGCUGAUGCCAUCCUCAAGACCACCGUCCCGGAACUUCCUAUCCGGCAAUUUAUCCUGACGAACCUGAAGGAGCAGCCCGGCCUACCCUAUCUCAAGUUUCGUGUGAACCUGGCCACCAUCCACGACUCGCUCGAGAAGCUCUGGGCCUUCCCAUACGAGAACACCAACCGCACCUUUGACCAUCCGACGCUGUUCCUGGGGGGUAAGCGGGACCGAUAUGUCUCGCCUCAGUCGCAUCCAGCCAUCCAAAAAUUCUUUCCCAAGGCGACGAUCACGUACAUGGACACGGGCCACUGGAUCCAUGCAGAGAAGCCCGAGGAGUUUAUGCAGCAUGUCACCAACUUCCUCAAGCCCUGA